CCAACAAGGAAGCGUACGAUAAAGCUGUAGGUUUCAUGCAGUUCAUGCGGAAGUUCAUCUUCACGAUCACGGUUGGGGAGGAUAAAAGAUGGAAGCCGUGGCAAGCAGCGCUGAUACUGAACGUGAACUCCGUCUUGAGAUUGCAAGCCUAUUUUCUGGACGUCCGGGGCUUCAAAUUUGUACUAACUGGGCGGCUAACGCAAGACUGCGUGGAGAACCUGUUCAGCCAGAUCCGGAUUCGUCAAAAAAAGCCUAACGCUCUACAAGUGAAGAACAUUUUGAAAAAUAUUUGUGUUGCACAACUGAUGGAUGAUGUUCAGGGAUCAUCAUACGAAUUUGAUGAUCGUGAGUGGUUGCUGGAUUUUACUAGCGUUAUCGCAGCACACAAACCACAAGAGGAGCAAAAUCCACCAACUGAAGCGACGAAAAAAGUUGUUCCCAAUCUGGACACUAUUGGGCUGAACGCAUUCUACCACGUUGCUGGAAAUAUUUUGGGCAAACUUUUGAAAAAGAUUAAUUGCGACAAAUGUGAAGCAAUUUGCACAGGUGCCGGAAAUGAUGUACCAUUCGCGGAAUUCACUCGAGAGAAAGACUUCACAGGACACUCACUCGUUUAUGCGAACAAGAAAACAUUUGAUUUCUUUCUAGAAUUAGACACGAUUUUUAGAUGCUAUAUUGAUUCGUUCAGGGAUGAGAACAACAUAUUUGAUAAGAUGUUACCGUUUUUUUCUAAAGUUCAGGCCACCCAUUUCUCUGAUUGCCACGACAUGAGGAUAAAAUUGAUUCGACGAUUUUUGUCAUUCCAAUUGAAAACUCUAGAACCCAAGGCGGUAGUUAAGACUAAACUAGAUAGUCGUUCGAUGUCUUGAAUGCGUAAAGUAGUAAGAGAAAAAAAUGUGAUGUUUAAUUUAUUUUAGUACACCAUUAGACGACUUAGAACGACGACUUUCAACUCCUUAAUCAGCCCUUUCUAGCCCUUUUUUAUUCUUUAACGACUCAUUUCAUAUGAUGAAAAGUACCAACAAUAAAUAUUUAUAUUAACCUCUUUUUUAUCAAGCCUUAUUUCAAUAUAUUUCAUUAUAUUUCAAAAAUAGAAAUUAGAGAACGCUAUAUUGAUGUAAUAAACAAAUAAUAUAGCGUUCUGUAAUAUGAAUCACACAAUGAUGAAUAAUUAAUAAAUAAAACCAGCUGUAAAAAAGUGUAUCCUGUCCACUAGGGCGGUCGGAAUCCGGGCUUCCUCGGGACUACCCCCUGAAAUCAAAUUUCAUAUUUGAGCUCAUUCUGACCACGGAAAUCCCUCCCUCUAAUCGCUUGAAGUUUGUAUGGGAAAAUCGUCAAAAUGUUUGCAAAAAGUAACUGUUUACUUUUUUACCUGUGAAGGGCGCCAUAGUUCUCCGAUUUUUACAAUUUCUCAGAACCUUAAUUAAAUUUAGAAUAAAAAUCCCGAAGACACCAAAUUUUUGCAAUUUUUUCCCAGCGCCCGAAACUGACAAUUUUUGCGCGGCAUUAAUACGCAACGACAUAAUGAGUUUACGAAUCAGCAAAAA